AUGCGAGGAGUGCGGAUUCCAUAUGACAUUCGACAGUUCUUCUGCUGCUAUGAUUGCGGAACGAGGGACUACGCGCCGAGAUUGGCGUCGAGCAGAAACACCUCUACGAAGGACUGGCGGGGAAUAUCACUGGACUACACGACUGUGACGCGGGAUGCCGUUAAUGCGUUAUUGGCGGCCAAGGAGGCGGCGUACGGUGUGAUUGAGCAGCAACGUACUCUAAUAGAUGGCCACAAGGUGCGGGAAGAGAUGCGAGCGGCGGCAAAGAACUUUGAGGAGUACUGUGAAGACUACAUCCCGCUGGUGCGCUCACUGAACGAUAGACUGCACGAGACGAAGGAAAACUCGACAAGCUGUUGCUACCAAAAACUCAAGAAUAAAUCCACAAACGCUCAAAACGCUACGCUGACGGCUAUUGACGGUUCCUACAUUGCGUUUGGGGAUACGGUGGGCAAGACGGUGUUAGUAGUGGAUAGUGAUUGCGCGGACUGUCUAAUCUACGUUCAACUAUUUGUCGACGCCAUCACCGCCACAACGUUCACGAUCAGCGACGGGCCCGAUACGGUCGACUCGAAAAACUUCACGGCGCCCCGGUUUUUUGGCCCCAAGGUUACGGUGGAUUUGCAGAAGAAUUACUACUCCAACUACGUCCUUUCCUUUACACGAACGACCGAGAAAUCGACAAGCCCCAACCCCCAAGCACACACCUUUUUCUGCGACGACGACGAGCCGAUAUUUUCGGUGGACGUCAAGGAUGUGUCCUCAAACUGCACGGUCGAGCUGUACCUCUCCGGAAUCCCCGGCAGCGACGACGGAAAGGAGAAAUACAGGCUGAUGCAUUUUAACUCCACGACGUUGAUCGGCUACAUGACAAGCUACGUCCGGAGCCCUGCCGCUACGUUUUUGGUGCCAGCCGGGUGCAAUGCUACGCUUAUCGUAAAGCCAACCACUGAAGCCGACGUCGUGGCCCCAAAGCCGGUGCCCCAAGCCUGGGGUUGGGUGAUGAGCCACGAAUACCCCGGGAAUUUCGCGGCAACACCGGCAAAUGUUGGACACAGGAAUCUGACGAUAGAAUCUAGCUGGAAAGGAGAAGCGUUCGUCGGAUUUGACUUUGAAUCGGUCGACCCAGGAAGCAGCGGAUCGCUAGAGUUAUACGCCGGAGCAAUUGAGAUGAACAUCACCAAGCAGGCCAACCGGACGGAUAUCGGCGGGCUGGGCAAGCAGAUCAAGCUGUACUGGCGCCCGUCGGCCGACACAAAAUCCGGCUUUCUGGCCCGUUUUGCCGUGCUCACCGACGAGCCGAUCGUCGCGUCCACGACACGAAAACCCCAAGACGAGGACAACGCUGCCCAAAAGCCCUUCUUUUUCCUGUUGCCCCUCGCCUAUUUUUUGACCAUUUUGAUAAGCUAUUUC